AUGUCAUUUUGUCCGCAGCGUCUCCUUCGUUCCCGCUUCAGCGCUGGACUGCCAUCCUGGGAUCCGCAUCACAGAUGGUAUCAACCAGGGACGGGCAUUCAAGGCGCGAGAGCAUUAUAUUCCGGUAAUGAUGCGUCGAAUACGAGAACUCAGCUCCCUCCCGCAGUUGAUACAGCUAUUAUCCGUACAACGACCCCCUAUACUAUUCCGGAAGAUCCUUGUCGAAAGAGUGUACCUCGGAGAUUAUCCUCUACAACGUCCACUGUCGAUAAGACUUUCAAUCCCGAUUCACCCUCCGGGAUUGAUUUAAUUGAGUCACAAUCGCCCACAGUGCUCGAGGACCCUUCUCCUUGUGCUGAACAGGAGUCAGUUGCUCCUAAUCAAGUUGGAAGAUAUGCGGGCCGACGACCAAGAUUUCCAAGCUUCAAACGCCUGCUUUCGAUCCCAGGACGGAGUAGCAUCUUCACCUCGGGUCCAGCGCCAGCCAUAAUCUACAAAACCAAGGUCAUGGUUAGGGGUCAGCCCAGGGACAGGCAAAGAGUUCUCCGACCUAAAACUGUGGCUCUAGAGAAGCGCAUCAGAUCUCAGACCUUCUUUCACGAAGGGCUGAAUAUACGCACAUGGAGAAUUGCACAAAGCGAUCUGUAUAGGUCCAAAUUCUACGAAAGAGAGAUUCGAAAUGAGUUCUUGAGAGACUUGAAGCCGAACCCCGUCGAGCUGGACCUCCUAGAGAAACUCAAAACGGAUAGUCAAAGCAGUUUCCGUGAGGCUUGGGAGGCGUUAAGCAAGAGGGACAAAGCCCUUCGUUGGCACAAUCUAUCUCUAUGGUUGUUGAAGGAGUCUCCAGAGCUUGCUCUAGAAUUUUUUUCAGUUACCACUCAUGGCAAGGAAAGGCCUGUCUUUGUGAUGGUUGCAGAUGCCUUCCUUUUCUUGGACUCAUUUUACUACGAUAGGCUCAAAGACUGGAGAAAAGGGCCGCACACAUACCAAUCUGUCUUCAACGCCGCCUUGGGACCCCGCAAUUGGCCAAUUCUCUUUUUGCCGCAAAAAAUCGUUCGACUUUAUGUGAAGCGCGCUGAUCGUGACGCAAUUUACUAUGCUUAUAAACUUGUGUGUGAGCGCAAGAUUCAUACAAAAGCGGAGACACAUCUUUGUUUCAUGUGGCGAUUCAUCGAGUUCAAGGACGUCAAUCAGGCACUUGACGUUCUUGAUAACGUGCGGCGAAUGAAACAGGUUGAGUUUGGGAUGGAUUCUCAGAGCGUGAUGCGCCACUGCUGCAAGCUUCUCACACUUGAUUCGGUCCAAGAAGGGCCGGAAGGGCGAAAUUUCUACAUUCUUCCCAAAUUACUCAAAAUGGGUGUUCGGCCAGAUCGGGAUAUGAUGAACGUUGUUUUGUCCAAUGCCUUCAAAACAGGUGACGAGCAGUUGGGUCUUGAUAUGCUGGAAUAUAUGAAAAAUAAUGGCCUUGAACCAGACUCUUACACCCAUUUGAUCCUCCUCAACGAUGCUGUUGCGAGAGGGAAUCGAGACCGUGUUAGUUCCUUGAUUCGGGAGAUCGAAUCUAACGAGGAGCUGCUGAAGAAUCCUUGGAUCACAAGUAAGAUCUUUCAUGCUCAUUUCGUUUUCACUGCGAAGCAUAUAAAUCCAGACGACGAUCCGGAUGCGGUGUUCUAUUCCAUGCUGGAGAUGUAUAACAAGCUACAUGACAUUACUCCUUUGAAGGAGCUCUCUAUCUUACCGCCUGAAUACACACCUCCACCGGGGGGUGAUAAUACGCCACCUACCACGAUCGCUUUGUUUCUCAUGAUUGCAACAUAUCUACGCUGUCGAAGGCGUGUCUCUAUUGCUCAGCGCCUUUAUACGAACUUUCGCUCCCUGGUGCUGCAGGGACACUCCACAAUUGCUCCUCUCGCAGCAAGCGAUCACGUUUAUAACGAGUUCCUUGUGGCGUUUCGGGACAAUCCUCGGGGGUUGCGACCAGCUAUGCGAGUAGUUGAAGACAUGCUGCAGACUUCUGCUCUAACAAGCAAUAACCGGGCAAUGCGCGAACAAGCAAGUGGUCAUGCCUUGCCUUCUGUUCGAACAUGGACAAUCUUGAUGAGUUGCUUUAUCUUCAACAAACAACCGCACGCUGCAGAGAGAGUGAAGGAGAUGAUGGCUGAACACAAUGUUGAAUUCAACAAGGUCACCUGGAAUAUUAUCAUCAGUGGUUACGCCUGUAAACAAAGAGUUUUUGACCUUGCCCAAACAAUCAAAGCUAUGGAGGACGCGGGAUACGUCAUUGACUCCUACAACAUGAAGGCUCUUCGUUACCUUCGGGACCCUGAACGACUGUGGGUGGCUCUGGAAGAGUUGGACAAGCUAUCACAGCCUUCUCUCAGCACGUUUGCCGACUCCAAACUCGCACCUCCAAAGAGCGACAAAAAGACAAGGGAUGAGCUUUUGGAUCAAGGGCUCAAACGGUUGAGGGAGAAACUAAAGCCCAAAUUAUGA